AAGUCCUGAAGCACACAUAUACAUGUUUAAAAGGUCAAUUACAAUCAAAUGGCAAAUUGUUUACAACAGUUAUCACGUAUGUUUUGAAUCCAAAGGCUAUAACAAUGAGUCAACUAUAUAUAAUCGCAAUAUGCGAAUAUAAUCCCAAUACGCGCGAAAGGACAGACGGAAUAUUCCCAACUUUAAUACGAGCGGAUAUAGCAGCGGCGGAUGGUGAUAAACGUUGGUAUAUUUUUGACGGACCGGUCGAUACAGUGUGGAUCGAGAAUUUGAAUACUGUCCUGGACGACAAUAAAAAGCUUUGUCUCACGUCGGGGGAAAUAAUAAAAUUACUGCCGACUUAAACCAUGAUAUUUGAAAUAUUAGAUGAUCAAGCAGCUUCACCCGCUACAAUUUCUAGGUAAUACAAAACUAAUUUAACAAACUUACCUAUCUCUUAUUACUAUAGUAAAAAUACAAGUAAAUCAAUAAUAUAUUCAAUACUGCUGUAAUUAAUUUCUUUAUUUUUAAACGCAAAAAUAUGUGUUAUUAAAAACAGCACAAAAAAUUUUUUCUAUUUUUAUAUAUAUUAAUCACGUUGCAAACUAAGUAAUCCUUUACAUGCUUGUGAAGUAAAUUAAAUAUAUUGUGUGUGUGUGUUUGUGUGCAUAAACAGCAUAUUUGUACAUAUAUGUUAUAUAUUUUAUAUAUAUAUAGAAUGGACUUGAAAUAUUUGGAGUAUUUCUUAUUAAAUUUGUCUGUUUUCAUUUGAACUGAUGGUAAAGCUUAUAAUGAUUGAUAGCAACAAUAAAAAUACAACUUUUACAUCCAUUACCGAGAAUUGAAUAUAUAUUAAUCGUAAUUAUUAAUACUAGAGAAAUAAUCUGACAGAGAAAAUCUGACAGAACGAAAUAAUCAUUAAUAUUACAAAAUUCUCAAUAAAGAAUAGAAUAAUUAUAUAAAUCAAAAUAAAUAUGGAUAAAUAUAAAUUUAACAUGGCAGUUCGAAUAUAUUAAAUAAAAUAUCAUAAGAAAUUCAUUCUUAUUUUUUAAUGAAAUAAAUUACGAACCAAUAUAUUAAUUAAAAUAUUGUAAUGUACAUAUUUUUAUUAGAUGUGGUAUGGUGUAUAUGGAAUCGGAAAAUUUAGGCCUACAACCUAUAAUUGAUUGCUGAAUACAGUCACUACUAACAGUAAAUAAACAUUUCUUUUUACAAAAUAAUUUUUGUAAUGUAUUUAAAAUAAAUAAAAAGAUAUUAAUUUAUUU